UUCGAGUCAAAGAUGUUCAUUAUUGUGUCUGUGGCGGGAAAGUUGCAGACGACAUGUUCUUCUGUAACACCUCUGAUCAGCUGAAGAUUUUCACCAGAAGUAAAAUGCCAAUAGCUGUGUUGGAAUUUGGUUGUUUCUCAUAAUUGCCUUUUUCUGAUCGAUUCUCGACAUUAUGAGAUCAUAUAUUCAAUGGUUUUUGUAUUUGAACUACGAAAGUAUGGCUGCAAGAUUCUGGUUGGAGCAACGUCAUUUUAAUUGAUUUAACUUUCACGUAAUCUUACUCGAUCUGGACUUGAAAAAGAAAAAAUGCCGACAAUUUUUAGAAGACGAGAGAGGGACAAGAUGUCUGAGGAUGUUGUCCCGUCCUCCGUGAUGAAACAUUUAUCUGCGAUAGCAGUCCCAGGGAUGUAUUUAUACUACAAGUAUAACGAGUUCAAACGACAACGUAUAGAGGACAUGAAAAGAAAAGUUACAGAACGUGAAUUGGACCACUUAAAUCAAAAAAUAGGUAGACUUUUAGCAAAAAUAGAUGAAUCCGAAACUGAGUUUGACUAUUUACAAGACACACCAGACGACGAAUGUGUCAUCUGUUUGUCUGCGAAGGCAACGAUGCGUACCUUCCCAUGUGGCCAUAAAGUUGUCUGUCGGAUGUGUUUUAUAAAAACAAUACAAAGUGCUGUCUCUCAAAGAUGUCUACCCUUGAGAUGUGUAGUUUGCAGAGAAAGGAUUCUUAAACUACGUCAAAGUUCAAAAGUUCAAAGUUGUAGCCAAAAGACUGGUUGUAAAUCCAUUCGUCAAAAACUCUUUCCACGUGCCAUCAAGUCAACAAGAAAUCAACAUAAAUGUAGAAAAUGAAGUAGAGAGUAUAUUUUGUAAUCAAGAACAAUAGUCAUAUCAGUAAUUUGUAUGAACCUGAAGAUUCCGUGGUUAUGAACAUACCAUUUAUAUGAUAUACAUGUAAUUCAAUUUACCCACAUAAAAACCAAACUGAGCGUCUUUCAGUUCAUACUCAAAUGUAUAUUGGCAUAACACCAAACGCUAAUUUUAGCAUAAAUUUAAUUUGCUUUAUGAGGCUGGCGUCAACACAUCUAACCAAAUAGUGUAUUGAUACUACUAUGCACUCGAUCCUUCGUGUUGCGUUACCAUUAUAUAGUAUUCGCUUCAAACGGAAAACAUAUUGGGAGACGAUCCUAAAGUUAAGGAUAUCAUUGUUGACUGGAACAGUUCAAUUGUUGUACGACUGUUUGUACACCAAAGAACAAACUGUCCAUUUACAAUGCGUCACAGAAAUUAUUGACCCAUGUACAUUUAUAUAAUAUAUGAUAUGAUAGUUUUGAAUAGCAUUAAAAGAUGUGCAUCAGUCAUAUAUAUAACAUAUCAAACAACCCCUUCCAUUGCAAUGGUAUGUCAUCGAAAAAUCUGUUUUUAAAUCAGCUUAAAAUUUGUACAUACAAACGUUGCUCGCCUCCUUCCAAACUCACCUGUCAGAUGUAAAUAACAACAACAAAAAUAAGAUUUAAAGAUAAAGAUAUAUGUAAGGAAUGACAGUGACUGGGUCAAGUAACGAACAGCCUCUGUUUUAUUUAUUUUGUCAGUCACUGAUAUCCGUUUGAAAGAUAACAUGAGAAAAAAGUUAAAUCACAAAAAUACUGAACUCCGAGAAAAAAAAUCAAAACGGAAAGUCCCUUAUCAAAUGGCAAAAUCAAAUGAUAAAACACAUAAAACAAAUGUACAAUAACUGUCAUAUUCCUGAAAUGCUACAGGCAUUUUCAUGUGAAGAAAAUGGUGGCUUGAAUCUGGUUUUUACGCUAAUGUUUUAUGUACACUUUGUAUUGAGUAUUGUUUCUCACAAUAGCACCUUCAUAUAUAAUUACAUAAACGACACACGUGCUUAUAUCUAUGUUAGAUGUCUAUGCAAAUUUAUUAUUUAUAACAUGUUAUUUGUGUGAAAACAUUACAUAUUAUUUGUGUGAAAACAUAACAUAUUAUUUGUGUGAAAACAAUGAUAGAGGAAUGAUAAAAGAUAUUAUCACUAAUGUAACAAUCAAAACUGUGCAUUAUGUUCGUGCGAUUAUGUUUAACACAACUUUUUAUGCUGAUUAUCUUUUAAACAACCAUCGGCAAAUAUUUACUGUUACAAUAAUAUGUAAGAAUUGAUAUAUUCUAAACUGAAUGGUUUGAUAUGGCAAUUGUUUGUCCCAUGAAUUCAUUUAUUACGAAGUUGUCUUUUAUUGUCUAUUAUCAUACCUCUACCAUUCUAUGAACCUAUACAAUAUACUAUUUUGAUAAAGGAAAUCAGUUGUAUAAUUUCAUUUGAAGUAACUUCUGUUAGACGUUGAAAGGUAUCAAAAGCUUGCCGAAAUAUUAGCUGUCCAAUUACUAGAAUUAGUGCCAAUGAAUAACGGCCUCAAUUUUCGCUUUCGCUUUUCUUUUGAGGUUUAAAGUUUCAUUGACAAGAAAAUGAAUUUGUAUUGUGUGUGAUAAUGCGAAAGUCUUUCAUUCUACAUCUUUUUAUAUCUUUUCUAUAAAAUAGUUUAAUGAUAUUUCUGGCGUCUUUUAUACUUAUUUGUUAUAAUAUUACCCUAACCUGAUGCAAAAAUUGUGUGCUACAGUGAAAAUGUGUGUGCGUCAAAUUUAUUUAUUUCAAGAAAUGAGUUUUGUAUUUGCACAAAUUAUUAUUAGCGUCAAGUACAGGUAGGAAAUGAAAGCGACGUAGAGUAACAUAAUGCUUGUUUUUUGUAUUCUAUAUCAUUUAUGCAACUUUUUAUGCUAUUUUUUUUAUGAAAAAGUUCGGAUUUAAAUCUAAAUCGAAUGCUACAUGUGCUGUCAGAAUAUUUGCUGUAAAUCAAUCCAGAGUUGCAGUCUAAGUCAUUUAUCCUUAUUUUCAUAUCAAUAAAUUUGAGAAAGGUUCAGUGGUGUACACAUUGAAUAUUGUGUACAUUGGAUGUAACAUUUCUAUAGAAUUUUGAAACCUAAAUGUUAAAUUCCACAACGUCUACACUCAACCGAGUUUCUCAAAGUAAACACAAAUAAAAAACACAAUUUCAUUAAUUUUAUAAAGCGUUCCAAAUUCAUAGCAUUCCGCUGCCUCUUUCGCAAAAACACCACUUUGCACGUACGACGUAAACUUUACAUAAUUUUUCAAACGUAUAGCACUGAGCUUUGGUUCAUUUGAAACACAAUUCAUUUUAAUUAAUACGUUACCUUUUAAGGUGCUAAAGAAAUCAAAAACACUGCACUGGAUAUCCAAUAGAAAGACUAAUAUUCAAACCUCCGUGUAUUCAUUGAGUACCAUACACAAUCUGUUUUAAUACACAACUUUUCUUCGUACAACCAUAGCAUAAACAUUAUGGGAGUGUUCGAUAUCCUCAGCAUUCCCUUAGUCGCCAACUAGCAUAAUUGCAUAUUUUAUACACACAAAAUCUUCAUUCCAAGCCAGUUAUCCUCGAACUGUAGCAUGGUUUACAUCAUAAAGUAUUUUUUUAUAUAUUCAAUACCUAUUAUGUUAUCUUUUCUCUGUUUGGAUUAUAUAUAUAUAAAUGUGUAUGCAUUUCAUUAAGAGUGAAAACACAUUAUAUCAUGCAAAAUAUGCAUAAUUCAAAUAUAAUAAAUGUGACUUAUUUGUCAAAAUAAACAUACUGAUUGUGAUGAUAUGUUGUAACCAGUUACAUGAAAUAUGAGCGUUCCGAUGUGCUUUUCACUUCUGAAUGUUAUAUUCAGUAGCAUUGUCACGCCAAAAUUAUUCAUUGUAUGCAAAGUUGAAUAAUGAAAACCUAAUAAAUCAUUUUAUGAACAUA